AUGGGUGAUGUUGGAAUUGAGGUAGAAGAGAAACUCAUCCUCACCUUUAUCCCGAUGAAUAUGGACAUGGCGGGUUAUGAUCUCGCGCUUGUCCCUCGUUUGAACCAGUCUCCUUUCCUAAUAUUUCCUCCUAUAUGGAGUGAAUUGGAUGAACAAGCUUCGUUGGUACUGCAAGGAUCUUCCUCCCUUCGAAUGCUCUCUGCGUAUGGUGCAGUGUGUGUGGUUCUACGGAUUACACUAGAUGCGGUCUUCGACGAAGCUUAUGACGUUGUGAUACGAUUUCAUAUGGUUUCUUCUUGUGAUUUGUAUCGCCAUUCUAUCUUUUAUCUUGUUGUUUUUGUUUGUUUGGCUGGCAAUAGCCUCUUUGUAUCAUUCUUUGUUGGAGUGUAA